AUGUCUGCAACACCAAGCUCGCCGGCUCAAAUGUCGGACCUGGAGGCGCCCAGCUCACCCGUCCACGCCGAAAAGUCGUUCAUGACGGUCAUGACCGAGGACGAGGACACCAAGAUGGCCACAGCGACGCCGGAGCCAUCAGAAAAGCAUCCCCGCGGCAAGAAGCGCGCCCGCGACGAUGCAAGCGCCCCCAACGGCAGCGUUGUUGGUAAAAUCAGACACCUCAAGAAGGAGGACGGCGAGCCGCUCUGGCGCAAGGACAUCCAGUACGACUUCCUCAAGGCCGUCUUCGACAACGAGCAAAAGGUCUUUACCAACAGCUACGAACCCGACAAGAUCGGCAAACAGUGCUUCGCCGACCUUUACAUUGACACAAUGUCCAGGAGUAGCAAGACCAGCAAAGUCCUUCGAGAUAAGCUGCUUAGUGACCGCGAUGCUGCGAAAGGUAUGGCCAUGGUCUGCCUCUUGGUCAACAUUGGCCGCAUGAACACCACCCUCAAUUUCUUCCCCGAGAUGCGAGCCCAGCUCCGCACCUACCACGCCAUCCCUUCCCUCCAGGCCCGCCAGGACCCUAACGCGUACAAGCAGCUCCAAGAUGCCCCGAGGCUGAAGUCGAUCCUCAAGGGAGGCGCCGAGGACCGCGUCGAGCCCGGCUCGCUCGAGGCCCUGAAGUCGUCCGAUGUGCCUCGCACCAAUCCCGUCAAUCUCCUCUUUGUCAUUUGCCAGGCUGCCGGCAAGGUGGCAGAGCUCCAUUUCCCUCCCGGCCGCGAGUUCCAUGAUCUGAUUAUGAAGACACAAUAUACGAGCUACAGUCGCGCACGCGCUUUUCUCUGGAUCAUGUGGUUCUAUCUAGAGUCUGACUUUACUGAGGAAGGGUGUGAGGAAAACCCCUUUGGCGCAGGUGUUGACUACAACGUAGACGUCGCAAACCAAGGUGUUCCCCGGCUGGAGGAGAUGACGCCAGAAGAAGAGGCUGAAGAGAACAACGACCCGCAAGAGGAGAUAGACUUUGGCUACACCAAGCAAAAGCUGCGUGCUAAGAUUAUCGAGACCGAUCAGCAAUUCAUGGUCGACAGCCAAACGAAGCGAGGCGGCCGCGGUCGCGGGUUCCCGGCCGGCGACGAGGUGGGCCCGACGACGGGGAUUCUCCCGCGCAUCCGACCCUCCAAGCACGAGAGCGAUCUCGAGAGUGUAAGAUCGACUCCGCCGCCGCGGGCGAUGGCUGGCCGUCAGAGUGGCGCCCUCAGCGGUGCCGGCCGGCGUGGUACCAACCCCCUCAAGUAUCAGAUCUUUGAAGCCUCAUCGCCCGGCGGUGGCCAGAUGAUUGAGGGCAUAGUGGCGCGCAAACCACGGCCGCCGACCGCCCACCAGCUCGCCGUCGAGCGUAACCGAUCACAGCGUGUCGAGUACAUCCUCGACCGUGGCAUCCGCAAGAGCCACCACAAGUCCCGCAAGCUACGUCGCGUCGACGGUUCCAUUAUCCGCGCGCUCAACAGGCUCGCCGAGGUACACGAUUCCUUCGAGGACAGCGAGGACGAGGAGUGCAUCAACUACAACAGGCAGGCGCUUGCGGGCGGCGCCGGAGGUGCCAACGCUUCGACAAAUGGUGACGCUAAGAACGGCACCAACGGCAGCACCCAGUUCCCCUUCCGCGAGAAGGGCUACGGCGGCCUGUGCCAGCGGAAGGACGAGACGGACGACUUUGGCGAGGAGUUCAGCGCCUUUUACUCAGCCAUUCGCCGAAGCCACCGCCGCCUGACGCGCUGGGAGAACUACGACGGUACCGAGCCACUGGGCAUCAUCGACCCGGUCAAGCGUCCAAAGCCCCCCGCUAGUGACUCGGCCGCCAACGGCGACGCGCAUCACGGCGGCGGGGAUGACUACGAGGACUUGGACGGCGAGACCUCCAUGAUGAUUGACCCCGCAGAGACCGAGGACGAGACAGAGCUGCUCAUCCCAGCAUCGCGGCGCCGCCAGCGCCGAGCUCACGAUACCAACGGCACCAGCACUAAGAGAACUGGGCGAGGCGGCAGACGCGGCAGGGCUAAUGGCGUGCGCCGCGGCCGAGGUCGCAUCGUGGUCGAGACCAACGGUGACGAUAAUGAAGGCGAUGGCGACACACACAUGGACGAGGCCGACGACCUAGACGAUGUGGAGAAAGACUUGCUCGGCCUGGGCGACGGCGAAGGAGAUGGCGAUGGCGACGAAAACGGCGAUGGAGACAAUGACGUCGACAACGACGACAGGGAUAACGACGGAGAUGGCGACGGAGACGGAGACGGAGAUGGCGAUGGCGACGGAGAUGGCGACGAGGGUGAAGGCGAGGACGAGCUCGAUGACGUGGACAAGACGCUGCUCGGCCUCGGCGACGAUUCCGAUUCGGACUAG